AUGUCUCAGAUGAGGAAGCUGGCAUGUGAUGGCGCCCGACCCACCUCCCGCUGUGAUCCUUCAGUUCCAGCUCCAUCGGCCAGGCAGGAGAUCCUUACCAGUCUGGUAUCGGCCCUCGACUCGGUGUGUAUGGCCAUGUCCAAGCUGAAUGCCGAGGUGGCCUGUGUCACCAUUCAUGAGGACAGUGUCAUCGCACUCGGCACGGAAAAGGGACGAAUAUUCCUCAACUCCAGGAGGGAAAUCCAGACUGACUUUUACAAGUUUUGUCGGGUGCCGUCAUGCCCGCCCAAUGUAAACCCAACCAAAGACCAGGAUGCGGAUGCAGGAAAAGAGGGAGAGCACGGCCAAACCGUGAGGGUGCCCCCACUACCGCCACCACCGGCAGAUGCCCAAUCCAAUGUGUUUGUCUUAAGAAAAAUGGUGGACGAGGUCUUCACUGUUCUUUACAGUGAAGCGGCCGGAAAGGGCACCUUAGUUCCCGUGCCUUACGAGCGGCUCCAGAAGGAGCCCACUUGCUUGACGGCCCACGGCCUGCCGGAGGGUGUCUCCCUCAGAAAGCCGUCUGAGUAUGAUGCCAACACGCUCAUUAAGAUUCUGGAACAAAGCCACCGGAUACAUUUUGCCGUCACAAGGCCGACGGAAGACUUGUCUCGCGAAGCCAAGUCAGCGAGUACAGAUCUGGGCCAUCGUGGCUCUUCCGGCGGCGCCGUGGCACCGGGCAGCCCCGGCCCGGUCAAGACUACUGCCCAGGUAGUCACGCCGUCAAGUCCCGCCACUUGCGCCAACUCUGUUCUCUCAAACUUCCUGUACGGCAUGCCCAUAUCCUCCAAACCCCACCCAGAUGGCACGCCGGACUUCAAGCCCACGUCGCUCCUAGGCCUGGCCAAGGACCGAUUGGCCAAUUGGACAGACAAGGGCGCAUGCGGGAAGGACGCUGCCAGCAAUGAUGAAAUAGUAAGAGUAGCUGGCGAGCAGGGUCAGACACCUGCAAAUAUUCACAUAUCCAAGAGAUUACUCUUCUCCAUAGUGCACGAGAAAUCAGAAAAAUGGGACUCGUUCAUCCGAGAGACGGAAGACAUUAACACAUUGAGGGAAUGCGUCCAGAUCCUGUUCAACAGCAGAUACGCUGAGGCCCUGGGUCUGGACCACAUGGUGCCAGUGCCGUACCGCAAGAUUGCGUGCGACCCGGGCGCGGUAGAAAUUUUGGGGAUCCCGGACCAGAUCCCCUUCAAGCGUCCAUGCACCUACGGGGUCCCCAAAUUGAAAAGGAUCCUGGACGAGCGACACGCCAUCCGUUUUGUGGUCAGACGGAUGUUUGACGAAAAGAUUUUCACAGCUGCCGCCAAAAUGUCGAGGGAGGAGGGCAAGCAGGAUGGGGGGACCACUGCCCCGGAAGACGUCUUCCCGGAGAACUUGAGCCUCACGCCGACCCCCUCCGGCCCCAUGGAGCUGCCGGUCAAUCCUCACAGCGUCCGGUCGACGAGUGCGUGCGUGAGUCCCCUGGCUGAGUUUGAAGCAGGUCCUUCAGUAGAUUGCAUCCCUUUGAAACGGAUUAAAACGGAGCCUCCGGACGCAGACAUCAUUCAAGUUACCGUGCCGGCAGCCAGCUCUAGCACGGAGGAGCCCAGCGAGCCCGCCUCCUCUCCCUCCGGCCACUCGGCCCUCCACCAGCAGGCGGAGAAUCACGCAGCUGGCGAAGCAUUGUCACCUACAGCAGCACCCCAGAGUCACAGUAGACCCUCUGAAGCUGGUUGCCUGGUGGAGGACAUUGGUGAAAUGAUUCUUCAACUGCGCAGACAAGUGGACAACUUGUUCAGUAUCAAAUACGCGGAAGCUUUGGGCCUCCCCAAGCCAGCCAAGGUGCCCUACUCCAAGUUCCAAAUGUACCCUGAGGACCUUUUCGUCACCGGGCUGCCUGAAGGCAUCGCCCUGAGGCGGCCCAACUGCUUUGGGGCGGCAAAGUUGCGCAAGAUCCUUGCCGCCGGCAGCCAUAUCCAGUUUGUCAUCAAAACGCCCAAGCUGUUGAGUGAACAAGUCAAACAAGAGAUGCCUUCUGUCGGCGACACAGAGCUAGACGUCAAGGACAUGACAUCAUUGACGGAAGAAAAUGUGGCGUUGUCCAAAAGACCUGCUUUCUCAGAGUGCCUGGAGUCAAAGCUGUCCCGGAUUGACCUGGCCAACACGCUACGGGAGCAGGUCCAGGACCUGUUCAACAGGAAGUAUGGCGAAGCACUCGGCAUUAAGUACCCAGUGCAAGUGCCUUACAAGCGAAUCAAGAACAACCCAGACUCUGUCAUCAUUGAGGGGCUCCCGCCCGGCAUCCCCUUCCGAAAGCCCUGCACCUUUGGCUCCCAGAAUCUGGAGCGCAUCCUCGCUGUCGCUGACAAAAUCAACUUCACCAUCACCAGACCUUUCCAAGGCCUCAUUCCAAAACCCGCACCUCGCCGAGUCACUCUUCUUAAGAAGGCAUACGCGACCAUAAGUGAGGAUGACGACGUCAACAGAGUCGGGGAGAAGGUGCUCCUCCGCGAGCAGGUCAAGGAGCUGUUCAACAAGAAAUACGGCGAGGCUCUGGGUCUUGACCGAGCCGUGGCAGUGCCGUACAAACUGAUCCGUGGGAGCCCAGAGUGCGUGGAGGUAGAUGGGCUCCCUGAAGACGUGCCCUUCCGGAACCCGGGCACCUACGACACCGCCUGCCUGGAGAGGAUCCUCGGCGCAAAAGACAAAAUCAGCUUCAGCGUCAAAAACCAGCUACAGCCUUUUUCAGAACUGUGUAGUCAGCCCUGCAACACAGCGCGCGCGCCUGAGGCCUCCACCAGUCGGCGGAAACGCAAGAGAGUACAGGAAAGCCUGCGAGGCCCCGCCCCCUCUGCCUCAGAGCUGGCCUCGUCAGCCAAUCAGAUUCCAGUCAUGCAGUGGCCCAUGUACAUGGUGGACUACAGCGGUGUCAACAUGCAAGUAUCAGGAAAAGUCAACUACUGA